AUGCAUCAUGGUCAACUCGAUGAAAAAAUGGAAUUGUCUCGAGAAAAUUUUCGUGCAAUAAUUUUUUACGAUUUUCGAGUGGAGCUAUCUCAACAGGAGUGUUUCAAUCGACUUCAUUCCGAUUUUGGCGAGGAAGCACCAUCCAUGGCCAGCGUAUAUAUUUGGUACAAUGAGUUCAAACGGGGGUGGCAGUCACUCAAAGACGAGCCGCGGGAAGGUCGUGAAAUUUCAGCAGUAACGCCAGAACACAUUGACGCUGUGAAAAAUCUGAAAGUGAGAAAUGGUCAUGUGACUUAUCGUGAGAUUGAGGCAUCCUUGGGCAUUAGUAUGACUUACAUGCGGUCAAUAUUACACGUGGAUUUAGUGCCGUAA